UGGGCGGCCGGCGCGGCGCAUGCGCGGUGCCCCGGCGGCGGCGGCGGUUUGUUGUGGUCGCCAUUUUUUGUUGCAUUACUGGGAAAUCCCGGGGCGCGCGCAGGAGCCGCCCGACCGGACCGGGACCCGCCGCCGGGGGGCGCCGCCCGCAGCGGGACGGGACCGGGACCCGCCUCCGCCCGCGCCGGGCCCCCGCCCGAGACCCUCCGCCAGGGCCGCUGCCGCAGGUGGCAGCAGCAGCAGCAGCGCAGGAUGCCAGCUGCUGCCCGCCAGCCAGCCUGCCUCUCUGGGCGUCUCGCUUGCCACUGAGCCAAACAUGUCGAGCCAGCACGGUCAUGCCCCCUUCUCCAGCAUCCAGUCCAUGGCUGACCACCCGCAGACCCUGCCAGAGCUGAGCGUCCUGCAGCGGCGAAUCCCCCUGACCUUCCGCGAAUCGGCCACGGCACCGCUGCGCAAGCUCUCCGUCGACCUCAUCAAAACAUACAAGCACAUCAACGAGGUGUACUAUGCCAAGAAGAAGCGGCGGGCGCAGCAGGUGCCCCCUGAGGACUCGAGCACCAAGAAGGAGCGCAAGGUGUACAACGAAGGCUACGACGAUGACAACUACGAUUACAUCGUCAAGAGCGGGGAGCGCUGGCUGGAGCGCUACGAGAUCGACUCGCUCAUCGGCAAGGGCUCCUUCGGCCAGGUGGUGAAGGCGUACGACCACCACGACCAGGAGUGGGUGGCCAUUAAGAUCAUCAAGAACAAGAAGGCAUUUCUGAACCAGGCCCAGAUCGAGCUGCGGCUGCUGGAACUCAUGAACCAGCAUGACACCGAGAUGAAGUAUUACAUUGUGCACCUGAAGCGCCACUUCAUGUUCCGGAGCCACCUGUGCCUGGUGUUCGAGCUGCUCUCCUACAACCUGUACGACCUUCUGCGUAACACCAACUUCCGCGGCGUCUCGCUCAACCUCACCCGCAAGUUCGCUCAGCAGCUGUGCACGGCGCUGCUCUUCCUGGCCACCCCCGAGCUCAGCAUCAUCCACUGCGACCUCAAGCCCGAGAACAUCCUGCUCUGCAACCCCAAGCGCAGCGCCAUCAAGAUCGUCGACUUCGGCAGCUCCUGCCAGCUGGGCCAGCGGAUCUACCAGUACAUCCAGAGCCGCUUCUACCGCUCGCCAGAGGUGCUGCUGGGCAUGCCCUAUGACCUGGCCAUCGACAUGUGGUCUCUGGGCUGCAUCCUGGUGGAGAUGCACACGGGGGAGCCUCUCUUCAGCGGCUCCAAUGAGGCAGACCAGAUGAACAGGAUUGUGGAGGUGCUGGGGCUGCCGCCCCCACACAUGCUGGAGCAGGCGCCGAAGGCCCGGAAAUAUUUCGACAAGCUGCCCGAGGGGGGCUGGGCCCUCAAGAAGAACAAGGAGGUCAAAAAGGAAUACAAGGUGCCGGGCACACGGCGGCUCCACGAGGUGCUGGGGGUGGAGAGCGGGGGACCGGGGGGGCGCCGGGCGGGCGAGCAAGGCCACUCGCCCUCCGACUACCUGAAGUUCAAGGACCUGGUGCUGCGCAUGCUGGACUACGAGCCGCGCAGCCGCAUCACGCCCUUCUACGCCCUGCAGCACAACUUCUUCAAGAAGACCAGCGAUGAGGGCACCAACACCAGCAAUAGCAACUCCACCAGCCCGGCCAUGGAGCACAGCCACAGCACCAGUACCACCAGCUCCGUCUCCAGCUCGGGCGGCUCCAGCGGCUCUUCCAAUGACAACCGCAACUACCGCUACAGCAACCGCUACUACGCCAGCACGGUCGCCGCCCACACCGACUGCGAGAUGCAGAGCCCGCAGGCUCCUCCCCAGCAGCAGCAGCCGCGCCUCUGGGCUGGGGGGGAUGUCCCGGCGCCGCCCAGCGAUGGCUACCCGCCGAUCUUACCUCACAAGCCCACGCCCAGCCAGCCGGCGGCACCGCACUUCCAUGGGGCGGGCCCGCACCCGCUCUUCCAGCCGGCCGGGCGCACCCACUACCAUCGCCCGCCUGUCUCGCCCCACGGCCCCGAGUGCAUGGAGCUGGGCCCGGGCCCCCGGCACCUGGACUGCGCCCCUUUUGGCUCGUCGGCGUUCCGGACUAGAGCGGCGGUGGGGGGGCGGGCGGGCGAGGGGGGGCUGCCGCUGGCCUACCCCCCCCACCUGCGCAGCCGGGCGGAGCCCGAGGACUCGGCGCCCAUGCUGGGCGUGUGCGUCCCGCAGAGCACGGCAGCCAGCUCUUGAUGACUCCUCAAGCCAUAACGCUCUUAGGAUGCGCCGCCCGGCGGGGGGCGGGCACAGUGCCCACGGAUCUUCACAGCCCUGAAAGCUGGCGCUGCCCGCCAACCCCCCCUCCAUCCCGGGAGCCGGCGCUGCCUGCGGCCCCCCUGCCUCGGAGCCAGUGCCGCGCCUCCUCUGGGAGCUGGCUCUGCCCGCCACAACCCCCAGGGGGUGGCAACACUCAUGGCACCCUGUCCUGCCCCGGAGCCAGCGCUGCCCACGUUCCUCGCCCCGCCCACCUCCGAGCCACCGCGGCCUUUGCUCUCCCAUAGAGCUAGCCCCACGCCCACUACCCCCCCAUGCCAGUGCCACCCCUGCUGCCCCACUGCUUAGCCAGCAGAGCCAGCGCCCCCUGGCACUGUCCCUACCCUGUGUCCGUGUGGUUCCUACUGUAAAUGGUUCCUCGUUAACACUGGCUCCCUGGGCCGGGUGGGGCCGCCGGGGGGGGCCGCCGGCUGGACAGAGGGACCCUCUGCACUUCACGGACUGAUGGCCGGGCUGCCCGCCCCACUGUCCAACUGGAAUUGCUGCUAAAACUGCCCCCUGCCCUGGGCAGCAGGGCCCUAGCCAAUAUUUAUAGACACCGGCCCCUCCCACUGUGGAGAAGGAGUGCCCUGAUCCCCCUUCCCCCCAUGUCCUGGGAGAGCCCCGUGGCCCUCUUGCCCUGCCCCACCCUCCUCCCCCUCCAGGAUGGUGUGAGCCUCCUCCUCUUCUUGCCCUGCCCUCCCCUCCCCCACCCCCCGCGUGUGUGGGAACACCCCUGGGGAUGAGCCCCGUGGUCUGACAACCCGGCACUGGCGUGGCAGUGAGCUGGGCUGGCCGUUUGGCCCCAGCGUGGCCAUGGUGGCGCCGUGUCUGCCGGCUGCCCCCUCUCCGUGGCUCGUGCUGUACUGUUUGUCUUUAAUUUAUUGUACCAAAGACGGUGCGCGGCUUCCCCUGGAGAGGCCGGAGGGGCUGCCCCGUCGCGCCCUCCCGGCACGGCCCCUGUGCUCGCCGCUGGACCCGGGGCCUCUGCUUUGGAGGGGGUGGUGAAUAAAAUAGUGACAGCAGC